UCGCGGGAAAUCAGCAGUAUUGCUUGUGUAUAGAAGUCUGUAGUGGAUCCUGUACUCGACGCAUUUGUAAGCUGUGUUUGAAGUACACUGUGUUUAUUUGCUUCCUGCUAUAUCGAGGAAAAAGAAGAAGAGGGAGAAAAGAGAGAGAGAGAAAUAUUAUAUUUUGGAACUGCUGCUUUUCUGGAUGUUACAUUUGGCUCGUACCUACUACAACCUACUACAACCUACUACUACCUACUACAACCAGGUUACGUAAACAUGAAACAACAUUUAAAAUUAUCCACUUCGCGUAAAACGCUCCAUAAAUUGUCCAUAAGACAGCGAAAUAGGGUGAUUCGUGACAUCAGGCUCAGAUUGCGCAUGAAAAAUUUUUAUGAAACACGUAUAUGCAACGUGUACACUGUAGUAAUAAUUCAACAUUACAAGAUAUACCGGGAUCAUCUGUUGCAGAAAAUACGUUUUCAAAUAAUUUUAAUUUUGUUACUAACGAUGUCCAUAGAAUUUCUAUGAACGUUGAGGAUGAUAAGGAAUCUUGUUCUUCUUCAACCUCUUCUGAUGUUUCUUGUACAUCCUUUUCAUUUCUUACCAGUUUGUCUGAACCAUCGUUCAGUGACAAUCUAGCAUCUUCUUUUGUUCAGAAUAAUAUAACGCACUCUCAAAGCAAUAGUAUAUUAUCUGUUUUAAGAUCGCACACUUGCUUUAGUAAUUUGCCCAAAGAUAUUAGGACUCUUCUAGACACACCACGGCAUCGUGUCAUUCAAAGUGUAUCCAAAGUUGAACCAGGGGAAUACGUUCAUUUUAAUCUGGAGGUAGGCAUUGUUGAAAGUCUCUCAAAUUCUUCUUUUCAUUCCAUUACUACAGAAUUAGAAAUUGAUAUCAAUACUGAUGGUCAAUACUGUACUUUAGAUAAGUCAUCUACCAUUCAAAUCUGGCCGAUUCAAUGUAGAUUAAUAAACGUGCGAAAUGCCAAACCAAUUGUUGUAGGAAUUUAUAAAGAUAGACAAAAGCCUAAUGAUCCUGUUGCUUUUUUUGAAAAAUUCAUUGCUGAUGUUACAGCACUUAUAUCCAAGGGAGGUGUUCAUUUUCGUGGCAGCCUUUUACCAAUAAAAUUAAGGUCUUUCAUAGCUGACGCACCUGCUCGAGCCUUCAUUUUAAAUCAUCGUGGUCAUAUGUCUUCUCAUCCCUGUUCCAAGUGCAAAACUUCUGGGACACUGAGCAAUGGUCGUCACGUAUUUAAUGGUAUCCAUCAUCCUCCUCGUACUGACGAAUAGUAUAAAUUGUAUCUCGAUGAAGAUCAUCAUAAAGAGGGUACAAGCCCGUUAUCUAUGUUGCCGAUAGAAAUAGUUUCUCAAGUGCCCUUCGACAUGCAUUUAGUAUGUUUGGGCGUAAUGAAAAAAAUAUUAUCCGUAUGGGUACAUGGCAAGUAUUCACGGUUAGUUAAACUUCCGGCAGUAGCAAUUUCCACAAUCAGCGCCCGCUUGCUUAAUUUACAACAAUAUUGUCCAACAGAUUUUUCAAGACGUCCUAGAUCUUUAGAUUCAUAUUCUAAAUAUAAAGCAACAGAAUUUCGUCAAUUUCUAUUAUAUACAGGGCCUGUUGUAAUGUAUGAUAUUUUAGACGAACAAUUAUAUAAGCACUUCUUGCUUUUACACGCUGCUAUAAGGAUCUUACUUUUCAAAUGUCACUCGCAGAAGCAUCUCACGUUCGCGGAACUUGCAUUGCAAAAGUUUGUAUUUCGUGCUAAUACUCUGUUUGGUUCAAAUUUUAAUAGUUACAAUGUUCAUGGUCUGCUUCAUCUGACAAACGAUGUUAGGCGUCUUGGUAGUUUGGAAUCAUUUUCCGCUUUUCCGUAUGAAAACAAUAUGUCUAUUUUCAGAAAAUAUUGUAGAAAACCAGGCUUACCUUUGCAACAAUUUGCUAAUAGAAUGACAGAAAUGCAAUAUCACGGACGAAAUGAUACUCUCAAUAUCGAUUCAUUCAUUCAUGUUUCUAUGCCAUGUAAAAGCAGCGAAAAUAGUAAUUCUUAUAAUAAAAUUGAAUGGAAUGGAAUACGUCUAAGUACCCGCAUGCGAGACAAUUGUUGUAUUUUGAUAGAUAGGUCGAUUUGUCUUGUCUUCAAUAUUAUUACAGACAACAAUUUUUAUUGUUUAGCUGUAAAACGUUUUUUAGAAGUGCAUAAUUUUUAUAAUGUUGGUCUGCCCUCUUCGGCUUUUCAUGUAUACAAAUAUAGUAACAUUUGUAGCGACAUUGUUAUUAUUGACAUCAAAUAAGUUUAUGCCAAGGGCUAUAGGAUGCCUUUAUCCGAAAAAGCAGCAGUUGACAGCGACAGUGAUGAAGAGGUCCUUACAGGAAAUACUAAAUAUAUUGUUGCCGCAUUAAUUCAUAUAGAAUAGACUAUGAAAAUUGAGCCCAGAUGCCCAGAUAAGCGGAGAAGAUAAAUAAGAAGAAGAAGAUACAGAGGCCCGACUCUUUAUGCGUUUUUUCUUGGUUUUGGAUGGUGAGGGGGAGGAUCCGGAAGUGUAGUAUCUGCACUCACCGAAACUGUUGUACGCACCAUCCUUGCGGGAUGUCUCUCUCCAUCCUAGAGGCUCCCGCAGCAAGGUGGCCAAUACGGGAUGCAGUCCGUGGCCUUUUUUUUCUAUAGUUAUGUGGGCUGUGGAUGACCUCGAUGUAUGUCUCUUCUUAACAAUUCCGGGGUCUUCCACAAUGGUCUAAUUGCACCGGAAUGGGAUUUUAGCCGAGGCAAAUGGAGAACCGGAUAAAGAGGAAGGUGAAGAAUCUCUCGUUGGACGUCGAUCUCAUGCUGCCUUUACUACGAGGAAUCGUCGCUCGACACAAACUACACCGUUGGAAUCUGGCGUUGCCGGGAUCAAGUCGUCAUUGGAACCCAACCCUUACGAAAAAAUUAUUGGCAUAUUAUUGAAGGAUUUGAGUCUUUCAAUAAUAUACCAAUAAUUUUUUCGUAUUGCAGUUUUUUUUGCUUUCCGUAUUUUAUGCCGAAUACUUCGAUA